AUGGAAGGGGAGAGAGAUGUUAAUCCCAAUUAUGAGCUCCAAGUUUCAUUCACAAACCCCCCUCAAGCCAUCCAUGAAAUGGGUUUUGUUCAAUUUGAAGAAAACCAAGUUCUUAGCUUCUUGGCACCCUCUGCACAAUCCCAAUCUUCUCAUCACUGUCAACCUCUAAACAUUGGCAACAACAAUACUGUUGCUACCACGAUUGCUGCUGCCACCACUACCUCGGCUGCAACUAUUGGUUUCAGCCAUAACGACCUUGUCACCAGAACUUCUUGGAAUAAUGAACAGGUGCGAACUCUGGAUCCCAAAACUGUCAAUGAUGAAAAUUGCACUGGAAAUACUAGUGAUGGUAACAACACAUGGUGGAGGAGUGCAGCAUCUGAGAAGAGCAAGGCGAAAGUAAGGAGGAAGCUGAGAGAACCACGGUUUUGUUUCCAAACAAGAAGUGACGUGGAUGUGCUUGAUGAUGGGUAUAAAUGGAGGAAGUACGGUCAGAAAGUUGUCAAGAAUAGCCUUCAUCCAAGAAGUUACUACCGCUGUACCCAUAACAACUGUAGGGUGAAGAAAAGAGUUGAACGACUCUCCGAAGAUUGUCGUAUGGUGAUAACUACCUAUGAAGGCAGACACAACCAUUCCCCUUGUGAUGACCCAAAUUCAUCUGAACAUGAAUGUUUUACUUCUUUUUGA